GAGAAGAAAUGGAGCGCCGAUGGUUCUGGAAACUAAACCUCUCAUCCCUAGGGUUCAUGCUCUUGCUUAUUCUGAUGAUCAACGGCUGUAAUGCCUCAAUCCACGAGUACAGAAACGAAGCUUUCAAACCUCAGUCAAACGCCUUCUUCUUCCACGGCGGCAGCGAAGGUCUCUACGCCUCUAAGGUCGUCGAUUCCUCUAACGAUAGCCACGUCAAGGGCAAGUCCUUCAUCAGGUUUGAGAGUGUUACUUUUGUGAGGACAAAGGAGUCGGCCAGUAAGCAGAAUGAAAUGCAGCAGAGUACUGGGAUGGUGGAAGCUAUCAUUCUGGAGGUGAAGGACAGGACGAGGGUCGGGGCUUUGUUUUUGAAGUUGGAUGUGAUAUGCUGCACCAGGAAUCUUUCGAAGGAUGGACAAUGCACGGCUGGGGAGGUUGUUAUACAGAAGAAUCCGGACAAUCCUGACUGGCCCAGGCGCAUCAAGACCUCGUUUAAUGGGAAGGACGAGGAGGCUAAGAUGGAGUCUGAGACGGUUGAGAUCAAGAGUUCGGGGAUGUAUUACCUGUACUUUAUGUUCUGUAAUCCGGAACUGAAAGGAACGCUGAUUAAAGGGAGGACGGAUUGGAGAAAUCCAGAUGGUUAUUUGCCGGGGAAGAUGGCUCCUUUGAUGACAUUCUAUGGCUUAAUGUCUUUGGCUUACCUUGUGCUUGGCCUUGCCUGGUUUCUGAGGUUUGUUCAGUAUUGGAAGGAUAUUAUACAAUUGCACUACCAUAUCACAGCGGUGAUUGCUCUUGGAAUGUGUGAAAUGGCUGUUUGGUACUUUGAGUAUGUCAAUUUCAAUUUGACUGGAACAAGACCCAUGGGAAUUACACUGUGGGCAGUAACCUUUAGCUCUGUCAAGAAGACGCUCUCUCGUCUUCUUCUGUUAGUUGUUUCAAUGGGCUUUGGUGUGGUGAAACCUACACUUGGUGGUAUAACCCCAAAAGUGUUUCUGCUUGGCGGGGUCUAUUUUAUGGCAUCAGAAGCGCUUGAGCUUGUUGAAAAUCUGGGGAAUAUCAAUGAUUUUUCUGGAAAGGCAAAGUUAUUUUUAGUCUUACCAGUUGCCUUCUUGGAUUCAUGCUUUAUUCUGUGGAUUUUCUCUUCGUUAUCAAAAACUUUGGAGAAACUUCAGAUGAGGAGAAACAUGGCGAAGUUGGAGCUAUAUCGAAAAUUUACCAACUCUCUUGCAGUGUCUGUGCUUCUGUCAGUUGCUUGGAUUGGCUUUGAGCUAUAUUUCAAUGCAACCGAUCCAUUGAGUGAGCUUUGGCAAAUCGCCUGGGUUAUUCCUGCAUUUUGGACACUGCUUGCCUAUGCUCUCUUGGCAGUGAUAUGUGUUCUCUGGGCUCCAUCAAGUAACCCAACUAGAUAUGCAUACUCAGAGGAGACGGGAGACGACUUUGAUGAAGAGGGCGUCUCGUUAACAAGUGGUACUCUGAAGGUGAGCGGAGAUACAGCAGCUAUGAGAGAAUUUAACAAUGGGCUUGCAGAAGAUCUGGAGGAGGAUAAGCGAGAAUAGAGAUGUAAUCUUGUCCCGUAGAAAAGAGAAUACCACAAUGAAGCUUUUAUGUCAUAUCCCGGGGGUGCUGUAAAUCUUGAUACACAAUCCCUGUUGUAUUAAUGUAUUAUGUAGAGAGAGAAUAGGGGAAUAGUUAUGGUACAAACUAUGUGUGAAGAAAGGAACUUGCUAGUAAUAUUACAGCUGUGCACCGUUAGUUGUCUGAUCACCUUCAGUUCAGGCCACGGAACGCAGAUAUUCUAGUUCAUGAUUAUCCACUUGCAUUUU